CCUUGAACCGGAAGCGGUCCUGUUGUCUCACGAGCGGCGUUUAUCAUCCGCAGCCUCAUUCCUCCCUGAAGUUACAGUAGAAUAAUGAAUUAAAACGGUCUUAUUUACUCUUUACGUUUCACAGAUCGACCAUCUAAUCCACAUUUGGACUCGGGCUUCGUGUAUUUGCGUGAUCUCGUUGUUUUUAAGAUGUCAGUGGUGGGUUUUGACGUGGGUUUUCUGAGCUGCUAUGUAGCGGUAGCUCGAGCCGGAGGAAUCGAGACUGUGGCCAAUGAAUACAGCGACCGAAGCACUCCAGCAUGUGUGUCUUUUGGACCACGAAAUCGAUCUAUUGGAGCGGCAGCUAAAAGCCAGGUGGUCACCAAUUGCAAAAACACUGUCCAAGGAUUCAAGCGUUUCCAUGGUCAGGCGUUCUCCGAUCCAUUUGUCCAGAACUUGAAGUCCAGUCUCGUUUAUGACCUGUCACAGAUGCCAUCGGGCACGACGGGCAUAAAGGUGAUGUACAUGGAGGAGGAGAAGGUGUUCAGCAUUGAACAGAUUACUGCGAUGCUCCUCUCCAAACUCAAGGAGACUGCUGAGAGCGCCCUCAAGAAACCCGUCGCCGAUUGUGUCAUCUCUGUCCCCUGCUUCUACACCGAUGCUGAGAGGAGAUCCGUCAUCGAUGCGGCUCAGAUCGCAGGACUCAACUGUCUGAGACUCAUGAAUGAAACCACCGCAGUGGCUCUGGCAUACGGGAUCUACAAGCAGGAUCUUCCCGCUCCUGAAGAAAAGCCAAGGACAGUGGUGUUUGUGGAUAUUGGCCAUUCAGGCUACCAGGUCUCUGUGUGUGCCUUUAAUAAAGGCAAGCUUAAGAUUCUUGCUACAGCCUUUGACCCUGAAAUGGGAGGAAAAGACUUUGAUGAGCGGCUGGUCAGACAUUUUUGUGAGGAGUUUGCAGUGAAGUACAAGCUGGAUGUGAGGUCCAAGCCCAGAGCGUUGGUCCGACUCUACCAGGAAUGUGAGAAGCUCAAGAAGCUGAUGAGCGCCAACUCCUCUGACCUGCCCCUGAACAUCGAGUGCUUCAUGAAUGAUAUUGAUGUCUCAGGCAAACUCAGCAGGGCUCAGUUUGAAGAGAUGUGUGCUGAUGUUUUAGCUCGAGUGGAGCCUCCGCUGCGCAGUCUAAUGGAGCAAGCUCAUCUGAAGAAAGAUGACAUCCAUGCUGUAGAAAUAGUGGGCGGAGCCUCAAGAAUGCCAGCCAUCAAAGAAAGAAUCAGCAAGUUCUUUGGGAAGGAGCCGAGCACGACGCUGAAUGCAGAUGAGGCUGUGGCCAGAGGAUGUGCCCUCCAGUGCGCCAUCCUCUCCCCUGCUUUUAAAGUGCGCGAGUUCUCCAUAACAGAAGUGGUUCCGUUUCCCAUCUCUCUGAAGUGGAAUUCUGCAGCUGAAGAUGGACUCAGCGACUGUGAGGUCUUCCCAAAGAACCAUGCAGCACCUUUCUCCAAAGUGCUGACGUUUUACCGGAGAGAGCCGUUCUCCUUGGAAGCAUACUACAACUGUCCUAAAGAGCUCCCUUAUCCAGAUCCCAUAAUAGGUCAGUACAUCAUCCAGAAGGUGGUUCCCCAGGCCUCAGGCGAGAGUUCAAAGGUUAAGGUGAAGGUGCGAGUCAAUAUCCAUGGGAUCUUCAGUGUGUCCAGUGCUUCACUAGUGGAGGUGCAGAAAUCUGAGGAGGAAGAGGAGAGCAUGGACACAGAGCAGAGCACAGAGAAAGAAAAUGAGAGCAAAAUGCAGGUUGAUCAAGAUGAACAAAAGACUCCAGGGACCGGAGAACAGGAAAAUGGAGAGAAAAAAGCGGGAACAGAAGAAAUGGAGACAUCAGUAGAGGAAGGCAAACAGGAGAAGAAAUCAGAUCAGCCUCCACAAGCCAAGAAGCCCAAAGUGAAAACAAAGGUCCUGGAGCUGCCCAUCGAGAACAACCCACAGUGGCAGUUAGCCAAUGACAUGCUCAACCUCUUCAUGGAGAGCGAGGGUAAGAUGAUCAUGCAGGACAAGCCUAAAACCCCCUUAGCUUGUGUUUUCUCGCAGGACAGAGAUGCUCUCUCAUUAAAACUGGAUGACACUGAGGUCUGGCUGUAUGAGGACGGUGAAGACCAGCCUAAACAAGUAUACAUUGACAAACUGGUUGAACUGAAGAGACUCGGCCAACCCAUUCAAGAGAGAUACACAGAAUUUGAGGAAAGACCCAAAGCUUUUGAUGAGUUGGGCAGACUUUUGCAGCAAUACAUGAAGAUUGUAGAGGCCUACAAAACCAAGGAAGAGCAGUAUGACCAUCUGGAUGAGGCUGAGGUUCAGAAGGUGGACAGGAUGGUGAACGACGUCAUGAUCUGGAUGAACAGUAAAAUGAACCAGCAGAGUAAACAGAGUCUCGCCGUGGAGCCUGUGGUGAAAACGAUGGAGAUACAGGCCAAAGCACAGGAGCUAUUCUCCACUUGCAAUCCUGUUGUGACCAAACCCAAGCCCAAAGUGGACUUGCCAAAAGAGGAGAACCCCUCAGAACCGAACGGGCCGGUCAAUACGCAGGAAAACCCUGAAGCCCAGCCCAGCGGCACAGAGCAAGCAGCUGCGGACAGUGCAGACGCUGCAGAAGCCAAGCCGGACAUGGACCUAGAUUAACCUAGAUGUAAUGUUACGUUAACGUUACACGUUAUGUUAUGUAACAUAAUGUUUUGUUAAUGUUAACUUAUGUUUCCAGUGACUGCUAUUGCUAAAUCAUCAUCCUCACGGCGGGGUGACUCUGCCAAUAAGAGAAAAAGGCUACAUUUGCAUGUCCUUUUAUAUUAAUAAAAACAUAAAUCAUGAUGCUGUACGACUGCUGAUUGAGAACAAUUC